AUGGCCGCCACCACAACGUUCCCACUCACCUCUCCACACAGGUGCGAUGGCUGCCUUGAGAAAUCCCAAUCCAUAGCACAACUCGAGCGCCGUAUCUCCGACCUUCACUGGAUCUGGAAUGAAGAAAAGCUCUUGGACUCAGUGGUCACGUUGGGCGCCGGUCCACCUGUUAAUUCCGAGCUAAACUCCACCAUCCCGGUCUGGGAUGCUAACUCGCCGGCCGCCUCCGUCUGUCAGCCUUCCCCUGGCCCCGGGGAUACUCUGGCCUCAACCGGACCGGCAGCCUCGGGCCCACCACAUCUCCAACGCGAUGACCGCUGGCUACUGCUGGGUGCAAAGCCGAAUUGCGUGCCUGCUGCUGCUCUGGACUUUACACCACACCCAAGGCACAGAUUGCGUAGUUCCACCCCGCAGCAGGCGCCCUGGUCCUCCGUUCCAGCGAGGAAGGCCGGCGGGACCAGUCCACAACUCCCCGAUGAGCUCCAGCUGUCCAACCGCUACGAGGUCCUGAGCCUGGAGGAUUUCCCCCCGCUGACCAGAGAGCCGGCGGCUGUCUCUGAGCGGGCCACUGUUUCCACCGUGGCGGUAUCUGGCGGCGCUCCAUCCACCGAGGCCCGAGCAGGUGUCUCCUUGCCGGCAACCUCCAACCGCUCUAACUCCCGGGGCUCUUGCGCUCCCUGCCUGGUACAGUCAGCAAAGUUGUUGUCCAUGUGGGAUCAUGCAAUGACACUGCUCACAAGCAGUUUGAGCUCUUAAAAAUUGAUUUUAGAGACCUGCUCAGACUCCUGCGCACCAGGGGGGAAGGCCGUCUUCAUCUCCGGCCCAAUCCCGACACUGGCCCGGGGAGCAGAGCGGUUCAGCUGUCUGCUCAGCCUCAACACCUGGCUGCUUUCCGCCUGCAGAGACUAUGAGGUUGGUUUUAUUGAAAAUUUUAAUCUAUUUUGGAAUCACUACUCCGCAUACAGGCCAGACGGAGUGCACCCAAACAAAUUAGGCAGCACCAUGCUCGCUGCUAAUUUGCAGCACUCAGUGCAAUCUUCCACACGUGACUGACUAUUGUUUACCCCACACACCCCCUUCCACACCUCUUCACCUUCACCUUCCGCGGCAGUGCCCAGUGCUGCUUCACUCAACACUGCCCCCUAUGGACCUACUGUUCACAUCCAUGACCACACUGUUCAAUAUCCCAUCCCAGUACACAUUAGCUCACAUCAUCACUCCCAUCAAUACAAGCCCGCCUCUGCAGGUCCACGGCCCCGGGUGGCUCUAA